AUGGGACGCAAGAAAAAGGCAUAUGCAGCCAAGUCUCCUCCACGAAAAGAUUCUCUAGCGAGUGCAAUUGGCGACACCUACUCUCUAGUACUGGGUGAUAUGAAUGAAUCAGGACCGCAAUCAGUGAGUAAUUCAACUUUAAAACUUUUGAGCCAGUUAAAACAGAAGCCAAUAGUCGGGGAUCAGAAAAAUUAUUGUAGUGGCUAUAACCCAUAUAAUGAGGUUGAAUUAGGCUCGCCAUAUUUGAACGUUGAACAUUCUAGUGUGUGUCAAGUGUGUAAACAGUACCAGGAUGAAAUUUCACCACCAUUUAAAGAACAUAAAAUGGAAGGAGAUGAUUUAAUGCAAGCGUCAAAUCCACUAGCGGAUACAAGUCCUCAACCCUUUGGCCCCUCAUCAACGCAGCUAACAUUAGGCUAUUCCAGACCAACACUGCAAUACAAUGAACGAAUGACACCAGAGGUUCAAGCAAUAAAGGGUCCCCAUCACCUAGCCUUACCAUCUCCAAAACCAUUAUUGACACAAGAUAAGCUACAAAGUACAGAGAGUACAAACAGUAAAAAACCUACAUCUAAGCGUACUCAACCUCAAGACGACCCUUCACGAGCUGCUAUUCCCCAGAAUCUUGAAAAUGGAUUGGAAAGUCAUUCCAAUUUUGGUGCUGUUAAUAACGUUGAAACUCAAGUAGCAUCUGAAGUGAUUGAAACAACUAUUAAGACUACGGAAAAUGGGUCCGUUGAAGGAAAUCGCGACAUGCGUAUCGAUAGUUUGAGUAAUAACGUAUCAUAUUCAACUUUCAAAUCAUUGCAGAAUCCAAAUGGUAAAUUAAUAGAAACCUCUUCUUCAAUACAUGGCAGCACACCGAUCAUUAAACCAGAAGGCAAAGUGAAUCCUACACCUUCAGAGGGCUUUCAAAAUGGGUCAAAGGUUAUUUUACUUUCUCAAUCAGAUAGCACCGCAUCACAUACACUUGCUGAUAAUUCAAUUCAUAGAAAUAAUGACAGCCCUUUUUGUAUAUCAUCAGAUAGCCAACAACUAAAACCAUCAAAUGACUCACAAUCACAGUCAGCACAGGGGUUUUUUCCUGAAUUAAAGGAAAGAGGACCUUUCACAUCUUUUGAGGAGAAACAAAAUUGGAGAGAAAACCCUAUCACCAAUUCAAAUCAGACCUUUUUUGGAAUGCACAACGAACAAGCUUUCGGAAAUGCAGCUUUGAAAAAAAAUGCACCCAUCACAAGUCACGCCCCAUCGGCAUCGAAAACCGGAAGUUUGGUUAAGCCAACAGAACGUGUUUCUGAGCAGCAAAAUCCCUCCAAUAAACGCGGUUUGAAUAUCUCUCAUGAUGGCAAUCCCACCAAGUCUUCUUACUACAAUGAUAAGAAAGCAGCCAAGGGCUCGUUUCAAGAGUAUCUGCGGUUUGGUCGUCAGGAUAUUUUCAAGAGUGAGAAGUGGGUCUCCCAAAAGGGUUCUACUAGACCCCUGAAGAACGAAUCUGGAAACUACUCCCAAAGACUUCGUCUGUCUCUGCAGCUCGAGCACAAAGGAGUCAAUUCUUACAAACCACGAACAUCGGCACAUGAAGAGUUUGAGCCGCCUACAAAGAAAUACAAAUUUGAGCCUGGGGAUGGAAGCCAUGUUUUCAUUGGGCCUAAAUGUCUUGGUGAUAGAAAACUGUCUGGAGGUUUCCCGGGCCUUCAAAACCCACUAUCUCAUACAAAUGGAUUCAACGAUUCAGCACAGAGGGGUAGCAGAUCUGAUUUUAAAAUAUAUGGAGAGUCAAAAUUCGCAAGGGUUCCGUAUACAAAAAAUAAAGUGGAAGCAUAUCUUGAAAAGAGCUUGUCACACCCCAAUUUGAAAAUUGCAUAUUUUGUUCAAACAUCACAAGAGUUCGUUGACAAAGCUCAUGAGUUAUUGGUUAUUGACAAAUCAGUACAUAGUGUGAUAAAUUACCACAAGUUUAUCAAAGCAGCUAUCAAGUGUUUAUUGAUACUCGUUAAAAAGUACACAAAGGAUUUGACACCACAUCAAUUAGUAUCAUUAUACUACAAGAUUGCAAGAUUAUACCUAAAUGAGACGGAGAGCUUCGAUGUGGCAGAGAAAUAUACAACUAAAGCGUCGAAAGUUUGCCGAGAUCAUUCACUUAUUGAGUUCCAAUUCUUUUGCGACUUGUUAAUGAUUGAGAUAUAUGAAAAAAUUGAUGUCACAAUUAUUAGUGGCUUUACUUCAAGAAGAGUAGAAAACUAUGGAGAAGCUGGAUUUCAUUUAUUAGCCAGUUGCUUGCAGUUGGCGAGAAUAAAGUAUUUGCUAGUGUCAGAUCUGUAUAAUGCAUUGGUAAAUCUACAGAGGGUAGCCAAAGACCCCAAGUUACAUCCAAUUGUGAAAAAGAUUGCUACUAUUUAUAUGGCCGGAUUGCAUAAUUAUCGUGGCAAUCCUUCCAUUGCGGUGGAGUUACUAAGAGGACAUGAAGAAAAAGCUUCAGAACCAUUUGCGGCGUAUAUUUUGAUGACUAAACUAUUGGCCAACGUGAGCUUGAAUAAUACUCCAGAAUCUAAGUUACUUCUAAAAGAGCUAAUGCAGAUCUUAAAUAAUGGAGAUAAAUCCAAAUGGAAACAGUGGCUGGUCAAUGGUGAUAUCAAAUUUCAUGUAAAAGGUGAACUAAAUAUCGAGUUUGAUUUUGUUAUUUCAUGGUUACCUGUGGUGGAUUUUAAAAUUAUGCUAUACUUUUUGAGUGGGAUUGCUUAUUUGCAUUCAAUUGGAGAUCGAUCCAAAUUUUGUCUUGAUAAAGCAUAUACGUUGAUUGGAAAUGCCCAAGAUGAUCUUAAAAAGGAUCGAAAUUUAGCCAAAUAUUUCACAGCCAAUGAGGCAAGACAACGUGAUUUGAAGUUGCGAUAUAUGCGAUACUUGGUACAAUAUUACCAGCAAUGGCAAUUAUUUGUCAAUGAUGAUACUAAAAUUUUAUUUUUGAAUGAUUUCAUGAAUACAAAUAACAAGCUUUUUACUCGUGAGGAGUAUACGAUAUUCAAGCCAAUUUAUCCAUAUAUUCAUUACAUGUUUGCGUUGUACUAUCAUAGUCGAGGUGAUUUGCAAGCUGCAAAGUUUUACUACCUAAAAGUGAGAAACAUGACAAGUAUAGUUGAGGUUGACUCCAUUGCUUCGUUACAACAAAUGAAUAAUGGUCUUGGCGGAGAUGCAUUUCAUCCACAGGGGAAAUUCAGCGAGUUACAUGUUUAUUCAACAUUUCAGUUAACUGUUCUUUUAGAUUAUGAGGUUGGUGAAAUUAUGCUGAAGAAGGAAACUGAAGAAUCAAAAUUAGCAGUUGAGAAAUUGACUAGCCUCAGAAACACCCUUUUUGAAGAAUUUAAAUUGGUCAAUAUACAACCAGAGAGUGCUGAUCAAUUCAAAUCUAACUUUGUCCUCAAUAAUAAGCUAAUAGAUAUGACGUUGGAUAUCAUUAUGAGACUACUUCAUGGCAUCGAAUUUAAUCUAGACGUGAAAGACCUCAAACUGAUGUUGGUGAAAAUUGGUGAUCACACAACGUUUUAUUUCGUUUCGUUUCUCGUAACCUAUGUUUUGGUGAUUAAUACUUCGGGCACAAAUGAAAGGCUCAAAUUUAUCAAACGAUGCAUGGACUUGUUUCCCAAAUCGAGAUCAGAAGUGGUUGAAACACCACUAGGUAAGAAACAAGUGUCUAUUUCUGAAUCAGUGGAUUCAUGUCGAGUGUUUUUUUUACGAUGUUUGAUGCAAGUUCAUGAAAGUAAUGGGUUACAUAAUCAAGUGGAUAUGGAUAAGGUGCAAUUGGAGAGAUUAUGUAAAUUAUUGGCACCGAGGUACACCACGUUGAAAGAAAAUGUCACUUAUGAUCCAACUUUUAAAAGUUUGUCACAACUGAAAUCAGAAAAGGAAGAUGUAGAGAUGAAAGAUGGGUGA